AUGAAUUAUGUUCAGCUAGAGAAACUCGGCGAGGGUACCUAUGCCACGGUUUACAAGGGAAGAUCCAGGACGACAAAUGAGAUUGUUGCAUUAAAGGAGAUUCACCUCGAUGCGGAAGAGGGCACUCCGUCCACUGCGAUCCGAGAGAUAUCGCUCAUGAAAGAGCUCAAGCACAACAACAUCGUGCGGCUAUACGAUGUCAUACAUACCGAAACGAAACUCGUCCUUAUUUUCGAGUACUGCGAUCGUGACCUCAAAAAGUACAUGGACGCCCAGGGGGAACGCGGCGCACUCGACCCCCACAUAGUGCGAAGCUUCAUGUACCAGCUGCUCAAAGGUACCGCGUUCUGCCACGAGAACCGAGUCCUCCAUCGGGAUCUCAAGCCGCAGAACUUGCUGAUCAAUAGGAAGGGCGAGCUGAAACUGGGUGACUUCGGCUUGGCGAGGGCAUUCGGAGUGCCAGUAAACACCUUCUCGAACGAAGUGGUGACAUUAUGGUAUCGCGCGCCGGAUGUCUUGAUGGGCUCGCGGACGUACAGCACCUCGAUUGAUGUUUGGUCCUGCGGCUGCAUCUUCGCGGAGAUGAUAUCCGGAGUGCCUCUCUUCCGUGGAAGGGACAACCAGGAUCAGCUAUUACACAUUAUGCGCAUUAUUGGCACGCCAGAUGAGCGCCUCCUACGCAAGAUCGCAACGGAAGGGCAAACAGAAAACGCCCAACUGAAGCAGUACCCGCGCUAUCCGAAGAUCCCGUUUUCGCAAGUCCUUCCCAAGGCAUCGCCUCCAGCAUUGGAUCUUCUGGAACGCCUUCUUCAGUUCGAUCCUUCUAAACGCAUUACAGCUGCUGAGGCGCUCCAGCACCCCUAUUUCAUCGGCAACAUUCCAUAUGCUGUUGGACAGCCCAUUCCUGGCAUGAUGGGUCCACCUGGGUAUACCUUCCCCCCGCAGCCGCAGCAACAGCCGCAACAAGAACAACAGGGACAGCAGCAGCAGAUUGUGGCUGCGUACCCACGUCUGCCCGAGGGGACCAACCCAUCGAUGGUGACCUACACGCCCGCUGGCCCACCGCACAACGGGAUACAACGCUAUCAAGCUGUCUAUGCCCCGGGAUACGUGCCACCUAACGGCGGGCAACGAUGACACCUUUCAUGCCCUCGAUAUCUCCUGAUUUCCCUUUCCGGUUACUUACUUUCCAUAGACGCUUUACCUGCGCCCCGAUGAGUUUAUCUCCGCCUCUUUCGACGUGUCCUACCUUCUCUGCGCCUUUGGGAAUUACUACCAAACUCGUGUUCGUUUCUCUCCGCCAUAUUUGUACUCCAUACAAACAUAGGAAUAGAUUUCAGUACUGUAUUAUUGUAACAGGUUGUUGUAUGUUGCGGCGUAGUCAGUUCGGAAUGUAGCGUGUCUCUUCAAUCGACUCUUAUUUUGACUGCUUGGAAA